CCUCUACCACCACGCUCCUUGCGCGCCUACCCGCUCUCCAAACACCGACGUUCUUUCCAUUCUCAACCAACAAUCUCAAACAUGCAGUUCAAGAAGACCCUCUUCGCCGCUCUGGCCCUCGUCUCGUCGGCUGCCGCCCAGAGCAAGACGCUGUUCUUCCCGGCCGACGUCCCGGCUGGUAUCACGGCCGGCAAGACCUACACCAUCAACUAUGUUGCUCCCGACGUUAAUGCUCCCGUUACCUUCAUUCUGCGCUCGGGUGACCCGAAGCAGCUUGGUACUGUUGGCAUCCUGACCAACUCGGCAACCGGCGGCUCCUUCACUUGGACCGUUGACACCAGCCUUCCUGCCGGCAACUACGCCCUGGAAAUCCAGCAGGGCAGUGAGGACAACUACUCGAACCUGUUCCCCGUCGACAGCACCGUCAAGGCCUCCAGCUCCGCGAGCUCCAGCGCUGCCGCGACGUCUAGCGCUGCUGCCGUCUCUAGUGCUGCCGCCAGCUCCACUGCUGCUGCCAGCUCCUCUGUCGCGGCUCUUACCUCCAGCGCUGCCAGCUCCAGCAACAUCAUCAUCGCUAGCAGCCCCGCCUCUCUCCCUGCACUGACGUCCUCCAUCACUGCCGCCGCGUCUUCGCUCUCCUCCGUCAUCGCGUCGGCCAACUCCAGCCUUGCCGCCGUCUCGAGUGCCGCUGCCAACGCGAGCGUCAGCGCUGCCGCGUUCUCGACUCUGUCGGUGCCCGCCAACACGACGAGCAGCGGCCUGCAUACGUCGACGGUCACGCAUACCGCGGCUACCACCUCCGACGACUCCGACGCAACCAGCUCGCCUACCAACAGCGCUGCCGUGGUCUCGUCGACCAACGCCGCUGUCGCCCGUUCCGCUAGCCCCAUGGCGCUUGUUCUGUGCGCGUUCGCUGCCAUGGCGUACCUCAACUAGACGAGUGGUACGGACAGGCACGGGCAUGAGCAUUUAACGGCGAACAGUUGGCUUUUUGCGGGUUCGGUUCACGAAUUGUACUAUGUAUGCUACGUUAAAGUUACGAGCUAACUUUUUAUGUUUUCCCCCACUGGGCGGCGAU